AUGUACCAGGCAGCGUACGCGCAUGACACCAGCUUUUUGCAUGGGCCCACCAGCUCCCCGGUGUACGUGCACGCGCCCACAAACUCCCCGGUGUACGUGCACGCGCCUGCCAGCUCCCCGGUGUAUGUGCCACCUGCGCGCGUGCCCGCGGUGCUGCCCGCGCUGCCGUACACACAGGAGUCUGCACAUGCUCACUGGGACAGCAGCUACUGCGGCGUGCGCGACCACAGCCACGGGAGCGCGCUGCAGCUGGAGCCGUACGGCAGCGCGCAGUACGGGAGCACGCUCAGGCCGUACAGCGCUUACAGCAGCACAGACAUGGGCCCCUCCACCUGGGCCCCGGGGCCCUACGACAGCAGCCUGCGACAGGUGUGCGCACGGAGAGGUGCUCUGGAGGACUGUGUGGAGGGCCGGGAGUGUGUGAACUGUGGCUCGGUCUCCACUCCGCUGUGGCGCAGAGAUGGGACCGGACACUACCUGUGUAACGCCUGUGGCCUCUACCACAGGAUGAACGGCAUCAACCGACCGCUCAUCAAACCACACAAGAGACUGCAGGUGGGUUCCCGGCGCUCUGGUCUCCUCUGCACUAACUGUGGGACCAGCACCACGACCCUGUGGAGGAGGAGCACAGAGGGAGAACCAGUCUGCAACGCCUGUGGCCUCUACACCAAGCUGCAUGGGGUUCCUCGUCCUCUGGCCAUGAAGAAGGAGAGCAUCCAAACUCGCAAACGCAAACCCAAGAGCUCCAGGAGCAGGUCCGGAGGGCCAGACACCAGCCCCAGCUCUGAGACCUCCUCCCCCCAGAAGAGUGAGCGUGGCCUGGGUACACCAGCCUACCUGCCGGGGCCCUCCCUCUCCCACACGUCUUCCUCACAGUUGGACGGUUCUUCUUCUCAUGUGGACAUUAAGUUUGAGGACUUCACCUUCGCUCCUUCAUCAACGCCUCACAGCAGCUGGUGUCUGUCCCAGGCCUGA